AUCUCCUUCAGUCUGUACAUUCCUAAGGCAGGAACUCGAACUAUUGAAGCGAGAGUAUUGUUUAGAAAUAAAGAUAUAUAGAUAUGUUUACAUCGCUCUCGCACAAGAGAGACUGCCCUCUCCGAAACAGUGCGAUGAUAAUUGGUGCGUGGUAGGUAGGCAUGAGCAGAUGAAGUGCGACAGCGACGGUGAACGUGUCGGAGGAGAGUUUUAUUUGCUGCAAUAGUAACGGCAAAUUGAUGUGAUUUUUAUAUAUCGGGAGGUCAGGCAAGCGAUAUCGAAUCGUAUCAGUUUACCGUUAUCAUUAUCGCGCAAGCAAUAUUUUUUAAAAUUAAGAUAAACACGACACUGUCCUGCAGUUCAUUGAGCGAACUUGUUUAUAAUUGUUCGUUGAUCUUCGUUCGUCCUCACUCAACUUCUCCUCCCAUCAUCCGUUAAAAGUGAUUGUUUCGGUCGCAGAGUGUGUGUGUAUGGGUGUGAAAUGAGUAUACUUGUACGAGAGGAUCUCUAUGAAAUCGUGAUCGUGGUAACACGCCUGAUAGUGAAGCGUUCCACACGCCUUCAUCGUGUGUGUAAUGUCACGUGGCGUGCAGGUUUGUGCAAUCUGUCGCGUAAGGGUCUGCUGCAGAAGUUGCGUUUCCUGAUUAAUCACCUGGACCUACGGACGAUGGUCCGAUGCUUCGAUCGUGGACUCUUCGCCAACGACCCGGAUAUCAUCGCCAUCGGAUAUAAAGAGAUCGUGCAACGUGGUGUGCGCGAUGCCGUGUAUGUUGAAGCUAUAGUGAGAAAAUACGAAAAUGUGUGCGAGUGCAGCGCGACGAUGACUCCCGCUAACGGAAAUACGCUGCUGGAGAAUUCGCCGAGCGGCGGCGGCGGCGGCGGCCACACGACACAAAUGGGGCAAGGAAAUUCUCUAAAGUCUCAAGUUCUCAAGAGAGGCUCAGAUGUAAUAGAGCUAGAAGAUAACAUCAGCGCGAAGAAACGUCAUAAGAAUCCACAACCGAAAAAUGCAGUAUGCGCGUUAAACGAGUUGAAAACUGGAGCUACUUACAAACUGGUGGGACAGACUGGACCUACUCACGCUCCAAUAUUCACGAUCGCGGUGCAAAUCGACGAUCAAACAUACGAAGGAAAAGGUCGUACCAAGAAGAUGGCCAAGCAUGCGGCCGCCGAACUUGCUUUACGGAACAUCGUCCAGUUUAGAAAUACACCUGAGGUUCACCAAGCUAUCAACACUUGCCAGCCUGCUGUACCUCUCGAGCCAGACUUUACAAGCGAUGUGACGGAGCGUGAUAAUCAUCUUGUCAAUGCAUUUAAAACAUUAACACAGGAGCCAAAGAAUACCAAUAAGUAUUUUGAAAAAGGUCCAGUCGCGUUAAUUAACGAACUAUAUCCAGGCGUCGUAUACAACUGUAUAUCCGAUAAUGGAGAGAGUUAUGCAAAGUUUACGAUAUCAGUCACUAUCAAUGGCGAGACAUUUGAGGGAACGGGUCCGAGUAAGAAGAUGGCAAAAGCCGCGGCGAGUAAAGCCGCCUUAGCGAAAUUGCGAAACGUCCAUAGUUCCUCGUUUUGUUUACCGCUUCCCAUUCGCGUUAAUUGUCCUGCACAAGAACAAAUGUCUCUGCCACAAAUGUUAGCCGAUAAAAUUGGCAAGCUGGUACACCAAAAGUAUAGUGAUCUUAUUCAAACCAAGCCACUGCAUGCGCGACGUAAAGUUCUAGCUGGAGUUGUAAUAACAAAGGGACAAGACGCAGAACUAAUAUGUGUCACUACAGGUACAAAAUGCGUCUCGGGCGAACAUUUGAGCGUCAGUGGUAGUGCCGUGAAUGACUGUCAUGCGGAAGUAGUGGCGCGACGAUGUCUUUGUGAAUAUCUUUACAAUCAGCUGGAAUUGCACAUCGAAAAUAAGGGCGCCGAGUCCAUCCUUGAGCCGACCAAAAAGGGAUUUAAAGUAAAGCAGGGCAUUCAAUUUCAUUUAUUUAUUAAUACCGCUCCCUGUGGUGAUGCAAGGAUUUUCUCUCCUCAUGAAGACAAUGAUACCAUAGACAAGCAUCCCAAUAGACGUGCAAGAGGCCAAUUACGCACGAAAAUAGAAUCCGGCGAGGGAACUAUUCCUGUGAAAAGUAAUGAGGGUAUUCAAACCUGGGAUGGUGUAUUAAUGGGUCAAAGACUGCUGACGAUGUCAUGCUCGGACAAAAUAGCUCGGUGGAACGUACUUGGUGUGCAGGGUGCACUCUUAAGCCACUUCAUCGAGCCAAUUUACUUCCAUAGCAUUGUCCUCGGCAGUCUCUUGAAUCCGAGUCAUAUGUACAGAGCAGUGUGCGGUCGCAUUGAAAACACUAUUCAGGGUUUACCGCCGCCAUAUAGACUUAAUAAGCCAUUAAUGAGUCUAAUCACAUCGGCUGAAGUCAGGCAACCUGGAAAAGCGCCUAAUUACAGCAUGAAUUGGACAAUCGGACAAAGCGAAGCCGAAAUCAUAAAUUGCACGACUGGCAAAGAUGAAAAUGGAAAACCUUCUAGAAUAUCUAAACAAGCAUUCUUCAGGCGGUUCUUUAAUCUUCUGCAACAUCUUCCGACCAUAGACGAUGUCGACGAAAAUAUCUGUCGCCAAUACUACGAUGCAAAAUCUUCAGUGCAAGAUUAUUCACUUGCCAAACGUCAAUUAAAGGAUGCUUUCGCGAAAGCACAGCUUGGGAAUUGGGUGAAGAAACCGAUCGAGCAAGACCAGUUUGAAAUCGACAUCUGACUAAAUCAGAGUAAUAGUAAUGUAACAAAAAAAAUCAAUUCAAUUGUCGAAUAUGUAGUUCCUAGUGCAAAAUAGAUCGCUCGUUUGGCGUGUCAUGAUAUGGCAGAAUUUGGUAUCAGUAAAGCAUAAAUCGUAGGAUCUCACAUUGUGUUCUUUUACGUCUCCGGUGAUCUCGAUAUAUCUCUCAGUAUUCAAGGCGUGUUUACGAAUCGAUAAUUAUUAAUAAUUUUGUUGUGUAGUCGGUAGGAAGAUUUGCUUCAAAACUUAUUAUUAUGUUAUUUUAACUUAAUAAUAGCAAUAAUUAAUAACAAAAAGUCGAUUCAAACAUAUCUAUAAAGAAUUUCUUAGUAUUAACGUGAUUCGAAACGCAUUGCUUUACAUCACCCUACAAAUUUUACCAAGAAUUUAAUUUUGCACUGCACUAUGUAAAACAGAUAAAAGCAUUCUCUAUUUAAUAUGUCUAUAAAAAUAAUCUUUUACUUGUGCAAAAUAAUUUUAUCAUGUCACCGAGAUUUCUACAUUUUAUUCUUAUUUAUUUAUUUGCAUAAUCUACAAGACUAACAAUCACAAUUUCAGAUAUAUACAUAGUUUUGAAUUCAAAAUAGUUUUAAGAGGCAACAUUAGUGUCUUAUAUAAGAAUUGCAUUGUCCCCAGAUAACAUUUUAAGUUAGAUAGGUGCAGAAAUUUUACAUGCAAUCAUAACGGUUUUUUUAACAGAUCUAUCAUUUGUCGGUUAGUGUAAUGCAUCUAAUAUGCACUUAAAUGCACACGUGACACGAACAUCAUGUAUCAUACACGAUGAACAUAUCCUUGCGUAGGUAUGCAUGCAAGUUAGCGGCGUGUCGAAUACAAUCUUGCGUAUUUUUAUCUCAUUAUUCAUGAUUUAAUGAAAUGCUAUCUGGGAUCUUUUUGUAGGGCAUUAGGUAUAGUAGCAACGAAUUAAGUUGCACUUUGCAUCCUCAACGGCUGUGAUUGGAUUCAGAUCUGACAAAUGGAUCUUAAUCAUAAAAAAUAAUUGUGUAAAUUUCUGGGGAAAAAGCGAGACGAAAUCUCUCGUGAACCUUUACAUAAUAAUUGUAAUUUUUCGUUACAGCAGCAAUCUAUUCUUGUUUAUCCGUUACUUUCCUUAAAAUCAAAGAAAUUUGCUGUACAUUCAGAAAUAUGAGUUUUAGCCUUUCGAUAUGUUUACAGCAAAGAUUAUUGAUCGGAUAAUGUGCAAAAAUAUUUAAUGACGAGUUAAGAAUGUAUCGCGCGUAAUUUAACGUCAGAAUCGUAACGGAUAUUCGUUGCAAAAUCUGCACAAUCUUGGUUUAUGUCAGAUAAAUUUUUAUCAAGGCAUUUUAUUAAAAAAAGUGCAUGAUCAGUUAUCGCGACAAGAAGUAAUCAUCAGUAAUCAUCCUUCGCAUUUAAUGAAAGAAAAUAACUAUUAUAUGAAAAGCAUAUAAAACAAUAUAUAAUAUACAUCACGCAUAUUUUGUGUGCUACAUUCUCUGUGAGCAGCGAGAUGAAAAUCACAAAGAUUGACCCCUUUAUAAUUUGAUUUCAUGCAAGAUGCAGUAUGCCGAAUACUAGAUGGCAAACGUAAGACAAAAAAAAAUGAAUUAUAAAACAUUUUAUUAUUUUAAGCCCAUAUCAGACUAUGCAUUGAAAAUUGAAGAUUGAAGAUUAAAGAUUGAGCUUUGGUCAAUCAAAAUAAAAGGAGUUAAAAUUUCCUUGUUUUGAUUGGUUAAAUUUUAAUCUUUAAUCUUCAAUCUCAAUCUUCAAUGCGUAGUCUGAUACGGGCUUUAGAGCAAUUUCACUUUUUUUAUGGGUGCUGUGAGGAAAUUUUAUCUGAUAUAAACUGGGACUUUUUCUCAUGCAUACGUGUAUACGAAAUCAGCAAUGACUGUCCACAGCCAGUUCAAUUUAGCGGGAUUAAUUAUUGUUUUGAAUACAUAUUUAAAUAUACAUGUGUAAAAGUUAAACGGAUGUGAUUGACAUAGGAAGAACAUGAUAAUAAUUAAUUACGCGACGCAAAUGAUUACAUAGUUUUCCAGAUAAAAUAUGUUGAUAGGUAUAAUAUAUUUAGAGAGAGUCCUAAGGUCAUUGCCUCACUGUGCCAGUUAUUAAUGCAAUUCUGCCGUAGUGACACACUGCCCGUGUUGGUCCAGUUUUGCAUAAAGAACUUGUGUGUAAUUUAUGAUUUAAUACCAAAGUACCGGAUUUUUUAUUCUUAAAGUUAUAUGUAGAUAAUUGCGUUAGAAUAAAACGUUAAAUAUUAUUUCGGAUAAAUAUUAUUUUUUUUUUUUAGGAAAGGAUCUCUUGUAGAAAGAGAAACGGAAGAAACUGUGUUGUACGUACGCAGUCGACACAUUUUAUGAUCACUGUUGAACACCUAUCAUUUUCUAACGUUCUUUCUCAGUUAAUACAAUGAGCUGAUAUACUUAUUAUACAUUCAGGAGAUUCUCACAUUUAGAUUAUCAGAGUAUUUAAAAGGUUGCAUUCGAGGAGCAACUCAUUCCUUUACUUUUCUAAAUACAUUCCAUUUAUUUCUUUUUUUUUCCCAACUUUUAAAUAUGGUUUUAUCAAAUUCAGGGUUAUUGUUAUGCAAUAAGAAAAAAUUGGGAAAAUCUGGAAUUUUUAGGAAAUUUGUUAUUUAUCUUUAUUUAUCUAUCUAUGAAUUUUUACAAGAUUUUAUUAUUAUUUUGAAUUUUACUUUUAAAUUUAAAUUCUAUCCUUUUUUUACAAAAUUAUUUCUGUAAUCACUUUUUUCUGAAUGCAAAAUCAAUGGUAAGCGAUAAGUAUGGCAUACACUUCUACAUAUUCACUUCCACAAAUUUAAUUAUUCAAAAUUUAAGUGACUUCUCUUCAUGAUUGAUUAAGGAACAUUAAAAAAUGUAAUAAAAUAAAUUUAUUUCAAAACUGCAUUGAAAAAUUCUCUAAACUUGUUUAAUUUUAUUUUGAAUAAAAUUCCUGAAAGUCAGAAAUUCUCAGAAUUCUUUUACAAAUGUAAAUAAACACUCUGUAAUUCCAAAUUAUGAUAGGCGGCUCUCCUUGGGGAAGAAUUUUGGAAUUACAAAAAAGCGUCCUCGAUGCCUCACUUGUCUCACUAUGUUUUGCAUGCUUCUUGUUUCGGUAUAAAAUAGAUUGCGUGCGACGACGAAUGUGUUUGGCUUGCGUUGAAAUCAAUAUGUGAUAUUAUCGUGUAUUAGUGCCAAGCGCGAUACGCACCAACAGCUCAACGAAUUUUACUUUGUCUUCUCGUUCGUUCUUUGAUAGAUACGUUUUGUCGAGGAACGACAUAAGUCAGAUUUUUCAAUAGUGAAAACAGAAAGAGUUACAUGUAAUAUAUGCUAAUGUCGCACGAACAAGUGUCGUAUUGUUCACAGAAAAGAUGUUCCGAUACCGUCGUUGCUACAUCUUUUCAGAUUUUCCAUAUAUAGCAUAUAUAUUUCUUGAAAAAAUAUAUUGUAUAUUAUCACUGAACAAUUACUAAUAAAUAACUUUAGGAAGAGAAAUAUUGAAAUAUUAAUAGGAUUUCAAAAUAAUAAAUUGCAAAUUAAUUUAUAUUUUUUACAUCCAACAUUCAUACAGAUUGAUUAAAAUGUCAUUUUUUAUUUAAAAAUAUAGUUACAUUGUUUUUAUUUGUUUAUUGAUCUGUACAAGUGAUAUCCUAUAUAUAUUUGCCCAUAUAUAGUGCGUUUAUAUACAUAUAUUGUCCAAAUAUAUAAUAUAUAUAUUGGAUAAUGUUUUAUAUAUGGACAAGUAAAGCUACAUAAUAUAACAAUGUAUUGAAAUGUCUUAUCUGCAGACAAUACGACGUCUUCCUUUGCCAUGUAUGUACGAUUCGUAUAAUUAUAACUUACCGCUUAUUAUAUAUGCGCUGGAAUUAUGUUACAAAACUUAUAAAGCCCAUUCUAAUUAUCCGAAAUAUCCUAGAUUGCUGUCUGAUGAUGGCUUACAAAAUAAUUGUCCGCAUUGUAAGAAUUGUUUGUCUUAAUUUAUUAUUCAAUUGAAAAUGUAUUUAUAACAUACUGAUAUACAUACUGAUUAUUUUUUUAUUCUCUACGUCCUUGCACCUUAUUCAACAGAAAAGAUAUUUGUCGCAAAUGGAUCUUGCUGUAUCAUAUUUUUUAUCAUGUUUCCUGGUUAUCAGUCGGACAUUCCAUUAAUCGAUCGUAAAAUUGUUUAAAAAUAUUUUUAAUCUCAAAAAUAUGAUAAUUACAAAAGAUUUGAGAGUAAAUAGGUCUGGGCUUAAAACUAGCGAAAAUAAUCGCUUUCUCAGAAAGGAACAAAAAAGAAUAGGAAAGUACACAAUUUUUUUACAUGUCAUCUAAUAACACUUAUUUAGAAUAAAAGGAUAGCAAAAAAAAAUAUAAAAAAAUGUAUUAUACACAAUCCGUUAAAAGGAUUUAUCUAUCCGAGUCUUCACUUGUGAGUUAUUGUUUGCACAGAAAAAUUGUACUUACAAAUUAAGCGUACUUUAAAGUUCAAGAACACUGCAUAUUAUAUAAGGAGAUAUCGUAUGGCAUAAAAACAGGCAGUAAUCUAUUCUAUAGCUCUCUUUAACACAUACGACAUUCGAGAUAGCAUAAGCGUUAAAUUCAGCGUCCUUAUUACUAUUAUUAUGGUAUUAAGUUGUCAGUAUUAAUAUUUGUAGUACGUUAACAAUGUUAUAUCGAUUAUAUUUGAAAAGAGUAGAUAAUUUUUAGGUAUCAAAAAAACUUUACUGGAUUUAAGAACAAAUAAUAUUUUAUCGUUGAAUAGGAUUAUCGUAUAUAUAUUUCGUUAAAUACGAAAACAAGUUAAAUUUUAUAGCGUAUCUUAUCGAGUAAUUAGGGUAAGACUAAGAUAUAUUGCAGGUUUCCUUUGAUCUCUUCUCUUCCAUCACACAAUGUGAGUUUGUGAAUAUCUCACGUACAAUUGCAUUUUAUUAUCGCACCACUGCAGUAUGGUAUAAUGCAGUAUGUAUGAUAGAACACAGUAAUAUAAUAGCUCGUUCUCAAAAGAGAACAAAAAAAAAUUUGACCCAAAGUAAACCACUCGGAGUAAGUUUUAGAGAAAAUAUUAAUCAAUAGAUUUAGCCGAUCUUAACUUCGAUUAUAAACCUUCAUUAUAUGCUCAAGUAUGUACUACGGUUGAGAGCAAAAAUCAAGUAUUAUAACUAUCGAAUAUGAAUUUGUAGUUAGGUUUUAAGCUUGACUAGUGCCUCUAGAUAUAAGUACUUGAGAAUUAAAACAAUCUAGUUGAAACUUGCAAAAUAAACUUUUAUUUACCAGA